AUGGAUCCUUUCAAAGCACUUUAUUGUAGGAGAUGUAGGUCUCUUGUUUGGUGGUUUGAGGUUGCUGAGUCUUCACCCCUUGGUCCCAAAAUAGUUUGUGAAGCUUUGGAGAAUGUUUGUGUGAUAAGGGAUAGGUUGAAAAUAUCCUACAGUCGACAAAAGUCCUAUGCAAACAAUAUGAGAGGAGAUCUUGAAUUCCAUGUAGGUGAUAUGGUGUAUUUGAAGAUUUCACCUAUGAAAGGUGUGAUGAGAUUCGGCAAGAAGGGAAAGUUGAGUCCCCGGUAUGUGGGUCUAUUUGAGGUGUUGCAAAGAGUCAUAAAGGUUGCAUAUGAAUUGAGACUAGUUAGUGAACUAUCUUCGAUUCAUCCGAUAUUUCAUAUCUCCAUGCUUAAGAAGGGUAUUAGUGAUCCCAUAUCUAUUCUUCCUAUUGAAGGGUUAGGUGUGGAUGAGAUAUUUUACUAUGACGAGGUUGCAGUGGAAAUUCUUGAUCGCCAUGUUAAAAAGUUGAGGAACAAGGAGGUGUCCUCGGUAAAGGUGUUAUAG